AUGCUAUGGUAUAACAGUAUAUUUCAUUCGACUAUAACAGAGUGUGAUAUACUCGUGCAAAAGCUUGUAGAAAUAAUUGGAGCAACAGUGUUGUCAGCAUUGGGAUUCGCAAUCGUAUCCUGUUGUGCAACUGUGUGUUGUGUGGCGUGUUGCGAUUCUUCAGAUUCACCACAGCCAACUACUUACAGAUGUAAUUUUUUUACGAAAGAAAUGAACAAAGACAAUGUUACCAUUCAGCCGACCGCGCGUUAUCACUUGAAAAAUACAUUCGAUUGUGUCGACGGAGAAGAGAUUAUUCGCGUGUACGAAUGUCGGCAGGGAUGUUCGGGCUUUUGUGGACCAAAAACCGCAGUUACGUUGACUAAGAAUCGUUUAAUAACUCGCGACAAGGAAGCGGGUGGUUGUUGCACGAAAGGUGCUCAUGUUGACACAUCGAUCUAUUUGAAUGAUAUUGGAAUGAUCGCUGAGGCAAGUGACACCAAGUAUACGUUCGGCUGCGCUGCAUUUCUUGCUAUUAUAACAUGCAUGUGGCCAUUCUUGCUACUUGGGUAUCUUCUACGAACAUGUUGCUGUUGUCGCUCGAAAUUACUUGAAGUUAGUGGUGCGUUUGGAUCGAAGAUAUUAACUUUCAAGAAUAAACUCGAUUUAAAAGAUGCUGCCAUGAAUAUAUCAAAAGCAAUGAUGCCUUAUAAGGCCUAUGGAUCAACUGCUCGCCAUCCAGUGUCACAAAUCUUUUGA